AUGGCAUGCACGCUGGAUUUCAGGUUCCUCGAUGAGGGGAUCGGCGGGCAGAGGAACAAGCGCAAGAGGGCCGCGGCAGAUGCGGCGGAGGCCAUGGAGGUGGACGCCGGCGGCGACGGCGGAGGAGGAGGAGGAGGAGGAGGAGGAGAGCUUCCGCCUCCGUCAAAGAGGGUGGCCGUCCCGUCCCUCGAGGAUCCCGACAAGCCGGCGCCCUUCGGGAGGCCGUCCUACGACGGCGUGAUCGCCGGCAAGGUCUCCGGCCGGAAGUGGAAGCAGGUGCGGCAGCAGCGGUCGUCGGCGAUGCGAGUGACACGUCGGAGCAAGCCGCUGGAGCUGCGGAACAAGGAGAAGGAGUUGAAGAAGGCGUUCCAGGAGCGGGUGAAGGAGCUCAAGGAGGAGAUCCGGCAGAGCAAGGUGGAGAAGAGGAGGAAGCGAGAGGAGAGGGAGAAGAAGAAGAAGGAGAACAUCCUCCGCACGGGCACCAUGCUCCAGAAGAUCACCAACCCCAAGACUCUGCAGAAGAUCGCCAAGUCAAAACAGCGGAAGCACCUCAAGGUCGUCGAUGACGCCCUGCUCAACAAGAGCAAGAAAUAG